AUGUAUAAAGCUCGACUUGUUGCCAAGGGCUACACUCAGGUUGAAGGCCUUGACUAUCAUGAGACAUUUGCACCGGUUGCCAAAAUGACCAUUGUUCGUUGCUUAUUGGCGGUUGUUGCCGCCAAACAUUGGGUCAUUCAUCAACUCGACGUCAACAAUGUCUUCUUACACGCUUUAUAUCAGUCUCAGACCGAUUAUUCUUUAUUUACUCUUGUCACCUCCACCAACAUUACUCUUGUUCUUAUUUAUGUUGAUGAUAUAUUGGUUGCUGGUAACGAUAUCUCUCAGAUCGAGAUUUUCAAAAGACUCCUCUCCACCCAUUUCAAAACCAUAGAUCUUGAUUCUUUGAAAUAUUUUAUCGAACUUGAAGUUGCUCGCUCUCACAAAGGUAUAUUUCUCAAUCAACACAAAUAUGCUCUUCAUAUUCUUUUCGACAUUGGACAACUCGGUGCCCGAACUGUCCCUUUUCCUAUAGAACAGAACUUGAAACUUAACACUGAAGACGACGAUCUCCUUCCUGAUCCUUGCACUUACAGACGCCUAGUUGGCCGACUCAUCUAUUUGACAAUCACUCGACUUGACAUUGCCUAUGUAAUUAAUAUUCUCAGUCAGUUCAUGCAUGCUCCUCGGGUUCCUUACAUGACUGCCGCUACUGGUGUUCUUCAUUACAUCAAAGGCAGUCCAAGUCAAGGCAUUUUCUUCUCUUCCUCUAGUAGUAUGCAUGUCACAACAUACACUGAUUCUGAUUGGGCCAGCUGGCCCACCACCCACCGUUCCACCACCAGAUAUUUCAUUCAGUUAGGGACCAGUGCAAUCUCAUGGCGUACAAAGAAACAGAUUACAAUAGCAAGGUCUUUCGCUGAAGUUGAAUAUCGAGCUAUGGCCGUCACUACCUGUGAACUCACCUAG